AAGGCUGGUAGGCUUGCUGUGCGCUGAGCUCGGGAGGGAGGGGUCCGCCCCCGCACUGGCUCAAGUUGCGGCUCCGUGGCCCACGACCCGCGCGGUGCCUUGGGGACGCCGCUACCCGGGCUCCGAGGGACUCAGGGACGACCUCCUGAGGGCUGGGGCCGCGCUGCGGUGCCUCCCACGCUGCGCUCCAGCUGGCAGUGCUUCUCAGUCUAGAACGGACCUACCAGGCCUGGGGACCUCACAAAGUGUCAUCUGGUUUCUGUACAGGAGCUGGAGCCUGAAGAAUGGGUAUAAAGACAACCUGAUCUGCCCUAGAAAAGCUGGCCGGCACCCUGGCCAUGGAGGACUGCAAUGUGCACUCUGCAGCCAGCAUCCUGGCCUCAGUGAAGGAGCAGGAAGCCCGCUUCGAGAGGUUGACACGGGCGCUGGAGCAAGAGCGGCGCCAUGUUGCCCUGCAGCUGGAGCGUGCUCAGCAACCUGGCAUGGGCAGUGGUGGUAUGGGCAGUGGGCAGUCCCUGCCAAUGGCCUGGCAGCAACUAGUUUUACAGGAGCAGAGCCCCGGUAGCCAGGCAUCAUUGGCCACAAUGCCAGAGGCACCCGAGGUGCUUGAGGAAACCGUGACUGUAGAAGAAGACCCUGGCACACCCACCUCACAUGUGUCCAUUGUCACAUCUGAAGAUGGCACAACCCGGCGCACGGAGACCAAGGUCACCAAGACAGUCAAGACAGUGACCACGAGAACAGUACGCCAGGUGCCUUUGGGCCCAGAUGGACUCCCCCUGCUGGAUGGUGGACCCCCAUUUGGCCCUUUUUCCGAUGGCCCCCUGGACCGGCAUUUCUUGUUGCGUGCUGGUGGCCCAGUAGCCACACUUUCCCGAGCCUACCUCAACAGUGGGGGUGGCUUUCCUGAUGGUCAUGAGACUCGUGAUGGCCCUAACUAUGGCAGCCUGUCUCGAGGGCUUGGAGUGCGCCCCCCACGUGCUGGCCCCCUUGGCCCCAUACCUGGUGAUGGGUGCUUCACGCUGCCUGGCCGUCGGGAGGCCUUCCCUGUGGGCCCUGAGCCUGGGCCACAGAGUGGCCGCUCUCUGCCUGAACGUUUCCAGGCAGAGCCCUAUGGCUUGGAGGAUGAUACACGCAGCCUGGCUGCUGAUGACGAGGGUGGCCCUGAGCUGGAGCCCGACUAUGGCACAGCCACACGGAGGAGACCUGACUGUGGGCGGGGUCUCCGUGCCAGGACCUACGAGGACACAGCAGAUGAUGCCAGUGAGCUGAUUGAGGAGAGGCCUCCAUUCCCAGCAACAACAGCACCACUGGCCCAGCCCGAGCGGGGCAGCCUGGGCAGCCUGGACCGGGUGGUGCGUCGUUCACCUUCAGUGGACAGCACCCGCAAGGAACCACGCUGGCGGGACCCUGAGCUGCCCGAGGUCCUGGCCAUGCUGCGGCACCCCGUGGACCCUGUGAAGGCCAAUGCAGCUGCUUACCUACAGCAUCUGUGCUUUGAGAAUGAGGGUGUGAAGCGUCGUGUGCGGCAGCUGCGUGGGCUGCCACUCCUUGUAGCACUGCUGGACCACCCUCGGGCCGAGGUGCGGCGGCGGGCCUGUGGAGCCCUGCGCAACCUCUCCUAUGGCCGUGACACUGACAACAAGGCUGCCAUCCGGGACUGUGGUGGUGUGCCUGCUCUGGUGCGCCUGCUGCGGGCUGCCCGUGACAAUGAGGUCCGUGAGCUAGUCACUGGCACACUGUGGAACCUGUCAUCCUAUGAGCCCCUGAAGAUGGUCAUCAUUGACCAUGGCCUGCAGACACUGACACACGAGGUCAUCGUGCCCCACUCAGGCUGGGAGCGGGAACCCAACGAGGAUUCCAAGCCUCGGGAUGCUGAGUGGACAACUGUCUUCAAGAACACAUCAGGCUGCUUGAGGAAUGUGAGCUCUGAUGGUGCUGAGGCCCGGCGGCGGCUCCGUGAGUGCGAGGGUCUGGUGGAUGCCCUCCUGCAUGCUCUGCAGUCAGCUGUGGGCAGGAAGGACACAGACAACAAGUCAGUGGAGAACUGCGUGUGCAUCAUGCGGAACCUGUCCUACCAUGUGCACAAGGAGGUGCCUGGUGCUGACAGGUACCAGGAAGCUGAGCUUGCAGCCCCAGGCAGUGCAGCAGGCUACCAGCGCCGGAGGAGGGAUGACGCCAGCUGCUUUGGUGGCAAGAAGGCCAAAGGCAAGAAGGAUGGUGAGAUGGACCGGAACUUUGACACGCUGGACCUGCCGAAGAGAACUGAGGCUGCCAGAGGCUUUGAGCUGCUGUAUCAGCCUGAAGUGGUACGUCUCUACCUGUCCCUCCUUACCGAGAGCCGGAACUUCAACACCCUGGAGGCUGCCGCUGGUGCUUUGCAAAACCUCAGUGCAGGGAACUGGAUGUGGGCCACAUACAUCCGUGCCACAGUGCGCAAAGAGCGCGGGCUGCCAGUGCUGGUGGAAUUGCUGCAGUCUGAGACAGACAAAGUGGUGCGUGCUGUUGCCAUCGCAUUGCGAAACCUCUCGCUAGACCAGCGCAACAAAGACCUGAUAGGAAGCUAUGCCAUGGCUGAGCUUGUGAGGAACGUUCGCAAUGCACAGUCCCCUACGCGUCCUGGGGCCCACCUGGAAGAGGACACAGUGGUAGCUGUGCUCAACACCAUCCAUGAGAUUGUGUCUGAGAGUCUAGACAAUGCGCGCUCACUCCUGCAGGCCCAUGGUGUGCCAGCGCUUGUGGCGCUGGUGGCAGCCAGCCAGUCAGUGCGUGAAGCGAAGGCAGCCUCACAUGUGCUGCAGACUGUGUGGAGCUACAAGGAGCUGCGCAGCGCCCUGCAGAGGGAUGGCUGGACCAAGGCACGUUUCCAGUCAGCAGCUGUCACCACCAAGGGCCCCAAGGGAGCACAGAGUCCCGGGGGCUUUGAUGACAGCACACUGCCACUGGUGGAGAAGAGCCUUGAUGGUGAGAAGCCGGGCAGCCGUGAUGUGAUUCCCAUGGAUACGCUUGGUCCAGAUGGAUACUCUACUGUGGACCGGAGGGAACGGAGGGCCCUAGGCCCCAACUCUGUAGGGGAGGCUCCCGAGAAGGAACCAUUAAAACACCCACCUUCCCCUCCCUCUGCAGGGCCCAGGCUCAGCCAUUUGUUAAGAGAUUGGAUCGCCAGGAGAAGGGCCAGCCUGGGCAGACCCUGUUGUGGAGCUUGGAGUCCUCUGGUGACAGGGAUUGGUGGAACCUCCCGCCCUGAGCCAGGGCCCGAUUUUCUGCACACCCACCCAUCUAUCCCUCCCUCGCUCUCCUGACCUAACUCCUAGGCCUGAGUUAGCUGUUUACUGACAUGGUGCUGUGUGUGAGUGUGAGAACAUUGGGGUGGGACCCAGUGAGGCAAUCGGGGAGGGAACCUGGCUUUGCUUUGGCAGAAUAGGAGUGUGCCCAGAGGAGCAGGAUGGACUGGGGAAGAACAGCCCGGCAGGGAGGGGUCUUGGGAAAAGAAGUUGAACUCCAGAGAGGAUCCCCUGACCAGAGCCCCACCCUGCAUGGCAGGCUGACCACAGGCUGCUUGGGGCUGCUCUGUAAGGGUGGGCCUGGGCAGGGAGGCUUCAGAGGCAGAAGGAAGGGUCAGGCUCUGCUCUACCCCUUUCUACCCUUGGAAUCCUGUGGAUGUGUGGGACCCCAAAGCAGAAGGACCCUGCACUGAGCCACUUCUGGCUGGGGCCACCAUGGCUGCCGCAUUGCAUCUGUGCAGAACCUCCGUAACCUUCAGGAUUGACCUCCAGUGGUCAAUCAACAGAGGCUGCUGCUCAGUGCCUGCUGUUCAUGACGUAAGAACAGAACACUGAUUAAAAAAGCAUUUAAAAUGAAACCAAAAUAACAUUGUAUUGGUAAACAUCUAAAUUUUUGUAAGAAAAUUUAAAAAUUAAAAAAAGGAGCAAAGAAACUUCCUGUCUUCCUUGUCAGAGCCCCACUUACAAUCUGCCAGCCCCUUCCUUGGUGCUGAGGGUGAAGGGUGGGGAGUGGGCAGAGACAGACCCCAGAUUGCUAUCUCCUGUGACCAGCAGGGCCAAGGGCCCAGCCCAUGAGCAUUUUUCCAUGCCCUUCCAUCCAGGCUUGCUGCUGCUGCCCUCUCUAGGCCCAGAGGAGUGGGCUGACUUGUAGGUGAUUAGCUGGCCCUAAGCCCAGGUACAAAGGCUUGGUCAGCGUUGGUCUGGACUAGGAACUAGACCUCGUGAGUGUCCAGCAGUCUACUUGGGUGGUUAAGACCUGAGGGCCAAGGUGGCAGCACAACUCUGGACAUAGGUCAACACAAAUCAAUUCUACCUCAUCAUUUGCCAGCUGGGCAAUCAGCAGAAGUAUCCAGCCAGCCUGAGCAUGCUUUUCUCCUCUGGUAAACGAGACUAAUUAGGAUAGAAGGUACUUCCACUCAAUGUCACCUGUGUGUCCUCAGGGUCUGGGUACUCUGCAUAACCCCUACACCACCUCAUCUAGCACCUCCUUGGUCAGACAUGGGUGUGAAGGCUGGCCAAUUGUUCUGUUCUGGUUUCUGGGGAGACAGACAUCCUGGUGAACCUAACGUGUUCCUGGCCUAACCUGGAGGAGCAGUACCAAGCAGGGUUGGCUCCCUUUCCACUGCUGUAGCCAAGAGUCCCUAGGCUGGGUGUGAUACCCAACCAGGACCCUGGCCUGUAGCAUCAGCAUCCUGCUGGGGAAGGGGAUGUUUGGUGUGUUUGGUAUUGAAACUGAGGGCAUCAGAAAAGAGGGAGCAAUGAGAUUGAGAAUAACACUCAGUUGAUCUCUUGUAUGGAAAUGUUUAGAUCUUUAAUUUCCAUUUUAGGUUUUUAAAUGUUUUGGUAUAGAAGAUUAUUACAGUUAGCUGAGUUUAGUAAAGAGGCUAUGAUUUAUUCUUAAAAAGGUGAAAAUCUGAGUCAGAAGUGUGAUGAGCUGGUAGUUGGUACUGUCACUGUAACACUGCUGCCCCCUGGUGAUAACAAACCUCUAGGACAGCCUGAGAGUGAGCCUAACAGUUUCCAGAUGUUUGCAGCUUCCUUGCCCUUUCCUAGGUCUAAUAAAUUUAUCAGUGCCUGUGGACCAAUGCAUGUAUUGGAAUUCCAUUUGCCAGUUGGUGACACUGUCAUUGGAUCUACUCCAAUUUUUGUCUUUUUUUUUUUCCGUGGUAGGGCUUGGAGCUGAUACAUACUAGGCAUGGUGGCACAUGCCUGUAGUCCCAACAAUCGGGAGACUGAGGCA